AGGAUGGCCUAUCACAAAGUGAAUGCAGACCAGAGAGCACAGGGGCACUCUCCAUACCUCGACAACGAUGAGCUCCAAGCCACAGCGCUGGAACUGGAGUGGGACAUGGAGAAGGAGCUGGAGGAGCCUGGCUUUGACCAUUUCCGACUGGACAGUGCAGCCCAGCACCACCUGGGGAACUCACAGAGCCCUGACCUCGACCUGGAGCCCACCCAGCCUUCCUCUUCUCCAAAGGGAAGAUUCCAGAGGCUUCAGGAAGACCCCGACUACGUCUCCCACUACACGAGACAGGCACCAAAGAGCAACCGCUGCAGCUUUCUUCGGGUACUGAAAGUAUUUUGCACUGCUUUGAUUUUAUUUAUUUUUGGAAUUGUGAUAGGAUAUUAUGCACGCAAGAAAUGCCCUUCUCCUCCAACAUCUCAAGAACCAAAUAAUCCUCAUAUCUACCAUGAAAUUCUCCAGGAAAUCAAAGCUGAAAAUAUUCGACGGAUUUACAGAGAUUUGUUGGAGUUCCCCAGAGAAGAUGAUGCAGACAUUGCAGUGAAGAUCCUGGCUCAGUGGCGUUCCCAAGGCCUGGAAGAUGUCCGGCUGGUGAAUUACUCUGUUCUGCUUGACCUGCCAGGCCCUUCUUCAAACACAGUAACUCUGCAAAACAGCGGGGAGUGCUUUUAUCCAAGUGGACAGCAGUGCAGCAGAGACCCCAAAACACUUCACAGCCAAGACCUCCUGUACUCCUAUGCAGCUUAUUCUGCCAAAGGAACUCUUGAGGCAGAGCUUGUUGAUGUCCAGUAUGGGACCAUGGAAGACCUGAUCCGGAUUCGAGCCUUCACAAAUGUGACCAAAAAAAUUGCACUUUUGAAGCUGGGACAAUCACCUUUGCUUUAUAAGCUUUCUCUGCUGGAAGAUGCAGGGUUUGGUGGUGUUCUCCUUUACACUGAUCCUUGUGACUUGCCAAAGACUGCAGACCUUGCUGAUAAAGCUUUUAUGGUCUCCUUGAACAGUGGAGGAGAUCCAUCCACGCCGGGGUAUGCCAGUAUUGAUGGAAGCUACAGGCAAAAUCGACUGAACCUCACAAGACUGUUGGUACAACCAAUUUCUGCAGUGCUUGCCAGAAAACUUGUUUCCCUGCCUGAGGACACUGCCCAAAAAGACAAGUGUACACCCCUCCAAGUGCCAGCUGCAGGCAAAAAAAUGAUUAGUCUAAACAUUCAGUCUGUCACAACUUACAAGACAAUUUCUAAUGUCAUUGGAUAUCUAAAAGGAGCUGUAUUUCCUGACAGAUACGUCAUCAUUGGUAGCCAUCACAGCAGUGUGAAGGGUUAUGGUGGGCAAGGCUGGGCCAGCAGCACUGCUGUCAUCACAGCCCUGCUCCAAGCCCUGAUGGCAAAGGUGCAGAGGGGCUGGAGACCUGACAGGACCCUGCUCUUCUGCUCCUGGGGAGGAACAGCCCUGGGGAACGUCGGCUCCUACGAGUGGGCUGAGGAUCACAGGAGCGUUCUUCAAAGAAAUGUUGUGGCCUAUGUUAGCCUCCAUAAUCCAGUCACAGGCAACUCAACUCUACACCCCAUUGCAUCCCCUUCUCUUCAGCAGCUGGCAGCAGAGAGCCAGAGCUUCAGCUGUGUGGAAAAGGCUAGAUGUGCAGGAUCCAAUGUGAGUUCUGUGCAGAUGCAGGGAGAUUCAGAUUAUUUCAUCAACCGCCUCGGAAUACCUGCCAUGCAGUUUUCCUAUGAGGACAUCAAAGCAUCAGAGAAUUCCAGCUUUCUCUCUGAAGCUCUUUUUUCUGCACAUGCAACAAAAACUGAAGAGCUGGAUCCCUCCUUCAGCCUGCAUGAGACCAUUGCAAAGCUAACAGGACAAGUGACUUUGCAAAUUGCCACUGAUCCAGUUUUGCCAUUCAGUGCCCUCGACAUCGCAUUAGAAGUCCAGAACAGUCUGAAAGGUGAUGAAGCAGGUGUUCCUCAGCUGCUGGCAGUGGCAUCAAGGCUGAGGGACACGGCAGAGCUGUUCCAGUCAGACGAGAUGCGCCCAGCCAAUGACCCCAAGGAGAGAGCUCCUGUCAGAGUCAGGAUGCUCAAUGAUGUGCUGCAAGGCUUGGAGAAAAGCUUCCUUGUUCAUCAAGCUCCUCCAGGAUUUUACAGAAAUAUUCUUUACAGACUGGAUGACAGGACCAGCCAGUUUUCGGUACUGCUGGAGGCACUGGAGCACUCCAAACUACAUCAGUCAAAUGAGACCCUUCAAGCAGCCUUGUCAGAGGUGCUGAACAGCAUCAAUUCAGCUCAGGUUUACUUCAAAGCAGGCCUUGAUGUGUUUGAGACUACCUUAGCUGGAAAGAAAUGA